CUUGAAUGGCAAACACACCACUCAGACGACGGCGAAUUCGACAAGAGCCAUUCAUGACUCGUUUAGUCACCUUCCCAUUGGAUUGGUUGAUGUUGAUGGGAGAGUGGUGGGCAAACAUUGAUCAAGAACAGCUUUUUGCCAACUCCAGUUUUCUUAUUGCUCUACUGUUAAAUGUACUCUAUCUACUAGUCAAGAUGUAUCGAGAUGGUGUUUUGGACGAUGCAGAGGAAUUGCGAGCACUGUCCAAAUCGUCAUAUCUCGAGCUGUCGCUUGACUCAAACUCGUUUGCAUUGUUCAUGCAAUGGCUGGGUUUAAAAAUAUCAAGUCAUAUGCUGUUUACUGUAAUCGAGUUUGUAUUGAUACUGGUGUGUGUACUCAAUACCAUCCAUGUAUUCACUCGAACAAAAUCAUUUAUUCUUUUCAAGCAGCCUACAAAGCCUCGCUAUCCCAGUGACAAUCAAUGGAUGAUCCGUAGUAGAAAUGCACAGAUUCGUCAAGUAGAUGUUGCGCAGCCUGUAACCACAGACAAUCAAUCAUCUCAUACCCAAUGGACCAAUUUAUUCAGUAGUAAGAAACCACAAUCAAAAAGUGGGCUAAACUCCACGACUCAACACAGACAAGAUGACUCUUUGGAUGCCAGUGAUUUACUGUCGAAAAAGUCGCAGCCAUAUAAAGAGGAUCGAUGGGUGAUUCAAGUUUGGAACCCAUCUGAAGGUUCCUUGAAUUUAUUUUGCUGGUUUUCACCACCACAGAUUGCUGUCAUGUACGGCGCGAAUGUUUCCAACUGGUACUACUACAUUCCUGUUGCGUGCCUGACUGCAUUGAUUAUGUAUUUUCUGGUGUCACUAUUUAAUGAUAGGCUACAAGAUCAGCAGAUUCUUUCUGGCCAGUUACUGCAUGAAUUCACAGAGUCGUUUGUGUAUCAGCAAUACCCACUCAAAUCAGACUCUAAUACUGCAAUGAAGAAUGAUUCAGAUGAUUCCAAAAGUGAUGCCUUGUUUGAUAGCAACGGUACUGAACUGCAUUAUUGA